UGAAGAUGAUGACCAUCCCAUAUCCAUUAUUGAAGAUGUAGCAGAGAUACUACCACCAGUUCCACUUCAAGAAGAUAAUGGUGAUGAUGUGCAAGAGUUUGUAUGUGCAUGCAAAUACAACAAUGGUCAUCCAUGUUCAACACGUUUCAUGCAAGAGGAGCUGCAGAUGAUUCGCUACUGUUUCCUGGAAAUGACAAGGGAAGAGCUAGAUAUCGCCAUUCUAGCUAAACUCUCAUGUGGAAUGCAUCUUUCUCAGCUAACAUCCCGCACCCAUAAAAAAGAACAGACAGUUCGGAAGUCCCAAAGAACUGAUUUCUUUCACCAUAGGGAGAAAAUAUGCAGGGAUAAGUUUAAAUAUCUCCAUGCCAUUGGCCAGGUCAAGCUAGAUGCUCUUAUUAAGCAUUAUAAAGAGCAUGGUGUUACUCCUCGAAUGCAUGGCAACAAAAAGCGUCAGCCUCCUAAUGCACUGAAGAAAGAGGACAAUAUGUAUGUUGCACAUUUCAUUGUAAACUAUGCUGAAACUCAUGGCAAGCAUCUUCCAGGGAGGGUACCAGGCUUUUGGAGGAGUGAUUUGAAACUUCUUCCAACUAACUGUACGAAGGUGAAGGUGUACUCCGAUUACUGUGUGGCAGUUGCUGCAGCAAAUCAGCGUGUGGUUUCUGUAGUUACGUUUCGUCGUAUCUGGCGGGAAGUGGUGCCAUUUGUUGUCACAAUGCGGCCAGCAACUGACCUGUGUUGGACAUGUCAAAAAUAUCAAAAACGCAUUAGUGAGGCUGCCAAUAAGGCUGAUUCAGAGAAGGAAGAGCUGCAUCGUCUGGCCACUGAACAUCUGGAGAAAGCUAGAGUAGAGCGUACACACUAUCAGCAACUUUGUAAGGAUUCAAAAGCAAACUUGCCUGCUGGGUUAGAGUUAGGUCCACACAGUCCUUCUAGUUAUGAGGGAAUGGUACAUUAUAGCAUGGACUUUGCACAACAGAUUCACUACCCCAAUGAUCCCCUCCAACCAGGGCCGAUGUAUUUCAAAACUCCACGUAAGUGUGGAGUUUUUGGUGUAGCAUGUGAGGCCUUGCCAAAGCAGGUUACUUCCUUGUUGGAUGAAUCCAUACAGACUGGUAAAGGUAGCAACUGUGUUAUUAGCCUUUUACACUCAUACCUUGAGAAUUAUGGACUGGGUGAAAUGCACAUGCACCUUCAUGCAGAUAACUGUUCGGGACAAAACAAGAACUCCUUUGUGAUGUGGUAUCUGUUGUGGCGUGUCUUUACAGGUCGUCAUGUGUCAAUCAAAAUGAGUUUCCUUCUUGCUGGACACACAAAGUUUUCCUGUGACUGGUGCUUUGGGCUCUUUAAAAGAAAUUUUAGGAGGAAUAAGGUUGACUGCUUGGAUGACAUUGCCCAAGUAGUUGGAGUCAAUGUACCAUGUCUUUGUGGUAGAGAGGAUGGCACUGUUCUUGUACCUAUGUAUGACUGGAGCACAUUCUUGGGUACAUACAGGCUCAGCUCAGGCUGUAAACAUGAAUGAGGAUUAAUUCAGUGAUUCUGGGGACAGUCAUUGUAUAAUAGUCUUGAAUACAGGGGUUGUAUCUAUAGUUAGUGUUGUUGCUCACU